UGCAUCAUUUAUAAAAAAUCAACUGGGAACUCUUCCACCCCAAAAAUGGAAGCACUGAGUUUUUAAUGAUAGGCAAAUCUGGUGUUGGGCUUAGCCUAGUCGCUAGGACGCCAAUAUGAUAUAUAUGUACGAUGACUAGCCGCACGCGUGUGGCUCAAAUAAUCUGACGAUGUACUAAUAUACCAAGACCUGGUAUUUACGCUAGUACAUUGCUAUGUCAGGUGUCAGCUUCACUGGUGGAGGCAGUAUGAUGACGAGCUCAGCUUGAGUGCCAUUGACAUAAUGGGUGUUUUUGAGUCCGGAUGUGUAGGUGCAAAAUCAGCACAAGUUGAGGCUUACUUCAAUAUCGCUCUCGUUGCACCUUGCUCCAAAUUUGGAGAAGUGUGGAGUAAAAAUUUCGUUAACGAACAGUGGCCUUGUGUUACACUGUUGUUUCAAUGCAUCAUUCUCGGUGAGGAGGAACACAAGAACAAGAUUUCAAAUGGCAAGUGUAACAGAUCACUUCGGGAACAAGAUUUUCACUCUCCAUUUCUCCAGGUUGGUUACCAGGUAGUUGCCAUCAACUACGAUGGCGGUGAACUCAAGGGAAAGAAGGGGAAAGAACCUCCAAUAAAAUCCCCAGCUGAGGUUGUGCUAGAUGAAAAGAACAUGACAGAACUGAAGAAAACAACUGGGAAAUCUUUUCGUCAGCUGUCCAGGUUCACUACAGUAAUAAAUGACCCAGCCCAAACCCACAAACUGACAUCACCUGAAAUACAAGCCUAUGAUUUGCUGGCUGUUGUUCCGACAUCUGAAAAGACAUUUCAUCUGGCCUGUGGUACUCUUGAAGUAGAUAUCAUAUCGUUGGAUUUAACUGAGAAGCUUCCAUUCCUUUUCCGGAGACCCUCUAUAAGCUUGGCAAUUGAAAGAGGGAUCCACUUUGAAAUCAUCUAUAGUCCAUGUAUUAUGGACAGCACAUGUAGAAGAAAUACAAUAUCCAAUGCUCUUGCAUUAAUGACUAUAUGCAAGGGAAAGAAUAUCAUCAUAAGCAGUGGAUGUAAAAAGGGCAUUGCAUUACGAGGUCCAUAUGAUGUGGCUAAUCUGGGUCUUUUGUUUGGUUUAACACAAGCUCAAGCCAAGGAUGCAUUAUCUAAGAACUGUCGAGCUGUUCUUUUUCAUGCAGAGUCAAGGAAAGCAGAAAAGUCAACCAUAUCUGUAGUCAAAGCUUCAACACUUCCCUUGAAAUCUAAAGUUUUCCCAGAAGUUGAUGACUCUGAACCAGAGUGUAAAAAGAGCAAGAUAGGGGUUACACUCUGAGAAUAGCAAUAUUUCAUUAUACCUUAAGGCUUUACCUGGUGCUCAACGGAGGGAAAAAAACAUCAAGUCAGAGUGGAAAACACAGCGUGAAUAAACAGAUUGGUCUGAGUGUCAUAUCUGGUGUCUUCAGUGGUAUGACCAUGGCUCCAGUCAGAUAACUUAUGGGAUUUACUAUGUUGUAAUAUAACUACCCUAAUUAUUCCCGUUUUAGGACAGAUAUUAGUACUACUGCUGAAAAGCAAAGGGUUACAUUUCUCUCUCAGUUUUAUGGAAAAGUAAAGACAUGAAUAUGUUGUUCAGUAGAUGGACUAACCAUGUGAAAAAAAAAAGAACUUAAAUAUUCCUGCCACAAUUACAUGUAUAUAGACUGAAAAUAGCAGAGAAGGUGACCCAGAAAUUAGAAGAAUUAGGGUAUAUUAAAAUGAAUGAUCAUCUGUUCGGUUGAUCUUCACAGACCAGCUGUGCUGUUGAUGCUUACAGUAAAGGGCUGCAGCAUCUUCUGUUGUUUGGUCUUGUUUUUCUUUCUUUAUUGUAUACAUGUAAAAAAUUCUGUACUGAUGUACCUUCCUCACCUAUUAUAAAGUAAGAUUUCAGAGAGAGAUCUGAUUUUUCACAUAUUAUUUGUUGAUGACACACUAUAGGAUAAACUGUCUUCUGUUGGCUCUUGCUUUGAGGUUGUGUAUUUACGUACAUACGUGAAUUUAAUUUUACACUAGCAUGACAAAUUAAGACUACCUUGUGCUAGGUUCUUUUGAUGUCAGACAUGUAAAUAGUGUCAUGCCAAAUUGUAACUUAAUACAGGUAUAUACUGUAUAUUUCAGACAUAGUGUUUAUUGUUGAGUAGUUCCAAGACUAAGACUUUUAGGGUUGUCAACUGUACCUUCUGAUUGAUAUUUGCAGUCACAAGAAGAAUGGGUCUGGAAAAGGUUUCCAUAUUGAUACAGAGGUUAUAUCUUGAUCUUGUUAAGUUUUUCUG